GACUACUUCUAUGGCUUGUCAAUCAAUGCAAAGGAUGAUACCGACGUCGACACUUUGCUUGCUCUACCCCAGGUUAAGAAGGUCUGGCCCAACAGAUAUUACGACCGCCCCGAACCAGUUGCCGCUGCACAGGUUGUCACCAUCAAUGGCACCAGUGACGUCCUUUCCAGUCUUAAGAUGACUGGCGCUGACAAAGUUCAUGCCCAGGGUCUGACUGGGAAAGGCAUCAAGAUUGGUUUCCUCGAUACUGGUGUUGAUUGGCGUCACCCAGCCCUGGGUGGUGGCUACGGCGAGGGCUUCAAGGUAGCGGGAGGCUAUGAUUUUGUGGGCGAUGACUUUGUGGGCUGGAAUGAUCCAGUCCCGGAUAAUGACCCAUUGACUACGUGCUUGGAGGGCGGUCACGGUACCCAUGUUGCUGGAAUUCUCGCUGCCAAGGACCCCCAGGGCGUUGGAUUUGGCAUCUCUGGUGUUGCACCUGAUGCAUCUCUUUAUGCCUAUCGCGUUCUUGGCUGCAGUGGAGGUGUCACUGAUGACAUUCUCAUGCAAGGCUUUGAGAGAGCUGCUAGCGACGGAGUUGACCUCAUCAGCAUGUCGAUUGGUGAGACAACUAUUUGGGAAGGUGGCUCACCGUACAUCCCGAUUCUUUCCAAGAUCCAGUCCCAGGGCAUCGGAAUCGUCAUUGCGGCCGGUAACGAGGGCGACACUGGCCUUUACGUUUCCUCG